GCGAGCAGCCCAGCACCUACUCGCGCGAUGUCGCGCUGGCUCGGGAUGCGGCCCGGCGGCAAGCGCUCGCGGCGGCACACCCCGCGCACGAAAUGACUACAACAACGACCACAACCCAACCCGCUGCAACUCGAUCCGGCCCCGCCCUGCGUUCUCAGACGACACCAUGACGUCCGACACGGUCGGUCAAGUCGCUACCGCCACCGUCCAGCGCAAGAGCCUACUCCGCGCGCUCCGUAGUCGCCGUCGUGCGUCUAGGCCAAGCUGACUUCUUCACUACCGCUUCUGACUGGGGGAUCGUGCGUGACGACGUGAACGUGGUCAGAGGGGGGCAGAGUGAUUCCGUGCGUUACUCGGGAAGGCGUGCACGUGUGUGUGAGUGCGUCCGUGGCGCUUCCGGAUCUCCUCCCUGCGCGACAUCGGCCGGCGGUGCCCCGAUGGGGGAAACGCGACCGCCGGCGUGUCUUCUCUUGACUCGGCGGCGGCGUUGGUGGCGGAGCGGGCCAACCUCGCCGCAUUCGUCGUCGCGGGCUAGCGUGCUGCCGACGACCCGGCGAGUGGUGGCGGCGAUCAAUACGGCUCGGAGAAGAAAGACGGCCGGUCGCGGUUGUUGAGGGGCCGCACGACGAGCAAAGCGAGCGGGAAGAAGGUGGUCGCGAUGCACCUGCACUUCGAGCGGAGCUGGUCGUCGCGCACCGACUGCUCGGUGCUGUCGCUCACGUGGAUGGGCAAGGUGCCUGAUGAGCUGCCCGAGGAGGACGGCUGGCGACUGAACCGCGUCAACUACUACCAGGACGGCUGGUUGGCGUCCGGCAACGCGCGCGGCAUCGUGGGCGUCACCUUCACCACAUGCCAUUGCCGCAAGACGGCCGAGCACCCUCAGCGCACAAACUACAACCUCCGCGGUCACCGGUCCGAGGUGACGCUGGUCAAGUGGAACGAGCCGUACCAGAAGCUGGCGUCGUGCGACAGCAGCGGCGUGAUCUUCGUGUGGAUCAAGUACGAGGGGCGCUGGUCCAUCGAGCUCAUCAACGACCGCAACACCCAGGUGACCGACUUCGCCUGGAGCCACGACGGCCGCAUGGCGCUCAUCUGCUACCGCGACGGGUUCGUGCUCGUCGGAUCGGUGGCCGGCCAGCGGUACUGGUCCUCCACGCUGCAUCUGGACCGCGCGGCCGUGCUCUGCGGCAUCUGGACGCCCGACGACCACCAGGUUUUGUUCGGCACAUCGAACGGCCAGAUCCUGGUGAACGACAUGCACGGCGAGCUGGUGGCUCAGGUGACCCUGAACGAGGAUGCCGCCAUCGUUGCCAUGGCGUGGUCCUGCGAGAAAUUCAAGAUGGAAGAGGCAGACGACGACAACAACCGAACAGCGGCGGCCUCCAAUGGAGACGCCUCCUCCGUCCCGCCCGCACAGGCUCCCGAAUCCAAGAUAUCCGUCCUGGCCGUUUGCUUCAGCAACGGAGCCAUUCAUGUCAUGAAGAAUUACGACGACAUCUCGCCUACCAUCAUCAACACCGGUCUCAAAGACAUCAAAGUGGAGUGGUCUAACAGCGGCGAAGUGCUUGCUGUUGCCGGCGUCGCUUCGGAUUCUACCGACGGAGACUGCCGGAACCGCAUCCACUUCUACACGGACGCAGGGCUGCUUCGUUUCGUGGCUGCCAUACCAUACACGCAGAGCCCAGUGACGGCCCUGACGUGGGGUCACAACGACAAGCGGCUGUUCGUGGCCACGGGAAGCGUGAUCCACAUUGGCUGGGUGACGCGGCGGAUGGCCUCGCUGCAGCUGCUGUCCCGGUUAACGCUGCACCGGGCACUCAGGGACGAGGCGGCUGUGCACACGCUCCCUUUGCCUCGAAGGUUGCGAGCCCUGGUUGCCAACCUCUUCGGGCAGACCGUCAAGUGCUACCUACCGGAGGCGCACCAGCUGCGCGAGUUUGUGUCCCGUCCGCACCACGUGCGUCUGCACUGCACCAUGGUGCGCCACGACACCGAAGACCUGGUGUCGGGCAGCGCCACCUACACCCUGUUCCUCGAGUACCUGGGCGGCCUGGUGCCGCUACUGAAGGGCAAGCGCGCCUCCAAACUGCGGCCUGAGUUUGUCAUCUUCGACCCCGAGCAGCCGGCCGGACAGGCCAGCAAUGUUCGCCAGGGGUCGUCCUAUGGCCGCAGCUCGCCCGGAUUGGGUGCCGAGUCGGGCACCAUGUCUACUACUUUGAGGGACGCCACAGUUGGCGCGGCCUUGACGUCCGACAGUGACCCGGACGAAGGCUGCGCCUCGUCUCCGGGCCGCCGCAGGAGAGCGGCGCGCAACGCGGCUGCAGCGGACGCAGCUCUCGCAGGCGACGGCAUCUCGCUAUCGUCUCGCGGUGGCUGCGGCGGUGCUGCGCGCCGCGAGCUCCUGUACACGGACGAGCUGCCGGAGAGCGAGAAGAUCGUGGCCGUGACGUCCAACCUCUGGGGCACCAAGUUCAAGGUGCUGGGCCUGGCCCGCUGGCUGCCGGCCACGCUUGGCACGGUCACGUAUCGCACCAGCCUGCUGCACCUGCAGCCGCGCCAGAUGACGCUCCUCAUCAAGGAGCUGCAGGGCCCGCAACCGCCGCCGGCCGCCGCCGCCGCCUCUUCUUCCUCUUCUUCCUCUUCGCGCUCGCUCGUUCUCCACAACGGUACCACCGUGGCGGCGGCCGAAUCGGCUGUGGGCUCUGCGGCGCAGGUGGUCGCUGGCUUUUCGGAGGACGAAGACGACGACAUGUGUGACCCUGUGGCGAGCGAGGAGACCGCGGCGCCGAUCGCCCCGAUGACGCCCAAGAAGAGGUGCGGCAUGGGCCGUAGUCCGGGCCUGCCGGACCCGGAGACCGGCGUGCUGCCCGCCGAAGGGGAGCAGGCCGUGGCGUGUUGCACCGGUGGCGGCUGCGGCGACGAGGAGUACCUGACGCUCGAGACGACGGCCGAGGCCGGCGUGCAGCGACUCGCGCUGCGCCAGGCGGGCCACCGGCCGCAGGGCACCACCAUGUCGCUGCACGCCGACGCCCUGCCAGGAACCUCCUCGUCCGCCUGUCACGAAGAGGCCACGUCGCCGUCCAAGAAGCCACAGGCCGAACUCAGGCCCGAGUCGAGGCCCGGCUCAGCCAGCGGGCACUGCUUGGGUGAAGAAGAGAAAGUCACACCACUUGCUCGGUUCACGGGGGAGUCGGCCCCCCACAGGUCUGGCGCGGCCCCCGGGGCAGCAGGAGUCCGGCACCUGCUGGACCCGGUGCCCCGCUGGGCGGACAAGGCCGCCGAGCUCAAGUACAUCGAUGACGAGCAGCCCGACGAGGGCGUCGUCGGCGACGUGGCUUCGGUGCUGCUGCUCAGCCACCACCGAAACCGGAGCAGCAUCGGGCCGCCCAACGCCGACUUCCUGGUCGGCGACCCGCGAAGCCGCGGCUGCGACGCCCGCCGGCUCACGCUGCGCUCGGGCUCGUCCGCACCGCAGCAGCUGCAGCAACAGCAGCAGCAGCAAAGUUCACACGGAGUAGCACAGGCGUCUUCCUCCUCCGCCAGCUCCAGGAGCAGCGAUGACGCCGCUGAAGCGGCGCGCGCGCUCCUCGCCGAGAAGUUGCAGCACAGAAACACCGAGGAGCCUGCCUGCGUAUGCGAGGCAUCGCAGAACUCCUCGCCGGCGACGGCGCGCAAACUGCGCUUCGCCGAAGAGAACCCUUUCGUGUGCACCACCACCUCCGCGGACUGCGGCGGUGCCUCGCUGGCCAUUCACGCGGCGGGCAGCUCGCGUGGCACCGCGCCUGGUAACUCGCUGUCUCCGCAACCGACGCUGUGCAGCGGUGCCUCCGAGGACGAAGGAAACCGGACGACGAGCCGGGAGAGCACGCCAUCGGCGAGCCCGUGCCGCCAGCCCCGACGACACCGGGGAUCGCUGCCGAUACCCAGUGCAGCCGGUGGCGGUGCGUCAACACCAGGGCUGGGCGCCGUCGGCACGGGUGACGAAAGUGGUGGCUCGGCGCCGUCAUCGCCGGCGCUGAGCCGUAGUAUCCCGUCGUCGCCGGUGUCCGGCCGCAAGAGCCGGCAGCAGCAGCUGCGCACGCUGCUCUAUAGCCCGCUGCUUCUGCGCAAAGUGCGCGGCGGUCGCGGGCAGCGCAGCGGCGCGGUCCUGGACAGCUCGGACGAAGAAGGAGGCCAGAGCGGCGAAGAGGUGCUCUCGGACGGCUUCCGCGACCUCGAGAGCAUGCAGAAGGCGCACAUACGCAAGAAGUUGAAGAAGCGCCAUGGCAAGGUGCACCAGCAGGAGAUGCUGCCGCCCAGCAAGCCGCCGCCCAUGUACCGCGAGUUUGUGCUGCACAACAAGGCGCCCCUGUGGAACGAAGUAAGCCAGGUCUACCAGCUGGACUUUGGCGGUCGCGUCACCCAGGAGUCGGCCAAAAACUUCCAGAUUGAGUUUAAAGGAAACCAGGUGAUGCAGUUCGGGCGCAUCGAUGGCAACGCCUACACGCUCGAUUUCCAGUACCCGUUCAGUGCCCUCCAAGCAUUUUCCGUCGCUCUCGCCAACGUAACGCAGCGGCUGAAAUGACACGCUGCGCUCUUCAAGAGGGACCGUUGAACACUUCCCGUCAUAGUGCUCGCUCCAUAUUUUUUUCCUUACUUCUUUCUCUCCGAGUGCAAUCUGUCCGCGGAAAUGGAGACAGGAAAGAAAGAAGCCAAGCAGGAAGCUCAACUCAACUUUGGGCAACAUGAUGGACAACGAGCAACGAAGAAAAGGCCAGAACAGGAGAGCGACGGUGGCCGAAACAGGCCGCAACACUGAUGGAUGAAUGUGAGGAUUCGAGGCAUGACCUGGGAUCGCGGUGUUCCAGUGUCUGAGAGAAACGUCCCUGCUCGAUUUAUAGUGGACAACCAGGUAGAGUGAAGAGGCUGCAAACGUUCAAUCGUGAGAGUAGUGCAUCCGGAGCUUCCACCAGUUAUAUUCUUCUUUCCUUUUUCUUUAUUUUUUUCUGUGUCUCUCUACGGGAAAAAUGUGCUAAUGUUCUUUUUGUCGAUCGCUGGUACCUUCCCCUCCUGAGUUGUCCUGACAAAGGUGUUAUUCGCAAUCUCUCAUAUGAGAAUCUCACAAUAGGAGAGGUUCACAUUGUCACCCAUUGAUGUGGUGUGGAAAGUAAGAGCUGAAGUGUCUCUUGGUUCACUCAAGGUCGCCGCGAAUGACAGACUAAAAAACACCGGCAAAAUCCGGCUUGAUCUCAUGACACAAUGCAAUCGGAUGAUAAUACUGACCAUAGUGCCAUGGCUGUGCAAGCAGCCAGUGAAAUUAGCUGUUCAGAUAGGUGGUAGGACGGCGUUAUAGUGCUCAAAUACUUAAAAAAAUGUGCUAGUCAUCCACUAUAAAGGGGGAGGGGGUAAUUUUUAGUUAUCAUUACUUUUGGAAUCGGUAGGAACACUGUCAAGCGAUUGUCUUGUUUCAUAACUGUGAAUAACAGCGAGAAAUGCGCGUUACCUAACAGAGUAAUCGAACAUUUCUUUCAUUGAUCGUGUAGGCAGCUAGAAGCGCCUUUCACAGUAGGCCUGCCCAGCUAGGAACCUUGUUCACGCUUUCAUCGUAAUAACGACAAGGUUCGAAGACUUCGAGCCAGAGAGCAGCAAGGUAUCGCCGAAUGCGUUAGCUGCGCGUUUCUUUUUGAAUGCCCAUCACAUUUGGAUCCAAACCUUGUCUGACUCUUUAGUUGCACUAAAUUUGCAAGCCUAGAUUACGUCGAGUUUAUAAAGCAAGCUGGAGCAGGCUUCGCAUACACUUCGUACAACUUUGAGCACACGUUCAUGCAUAAAAAUGUCUUUCAUACGCCUGUGCAUAUGCAGUAUCAUUAUAUUUCUCAAGUAUGCGCAGUGCCAAGCAAACAACACAUUUAUCAAACACAAUAAGUACAGAAAAUAUACAGCAGUAACUCGCAGUUCCUGCAAACUGUAGAUUCGCAGACCUGACCUAACGCGUAACGCAGGCUUUGCAAUAAAUGCAGCGGAGAAAGAAUCUGAUACAAGAAACGAACUUAUCUGUUGUCUUGGGAAAAUAUUUGCGAUAAGUCAAUAUGCUGGCUCGAAUCACACUUCUGUUUGAUACCAGCAGAAUGCUGCUUCAGUAUUCGAUGGCUCUAAGGAUUCAAUCACCGCACUGGCGUUCGGCUACUUCUAUAUAUGGUGAUGAGCAAAAAACAAUUUGCUGCAACUGGGAGUAUUUAGAGUCUCUGAUUGUACUCAAGGUGAUUCGUAAAUGAGCUACCAGGAUACUAUUUCUAACCUGCGAUAAACUUCACAUGGUUAUUCAUCUACAGUGUAAGCGCUGUUUAGAACCACUAAACACUUCGACGUCACAUAUAAAUGCUCCUCCUUUUUCGCUCUGCGCAGGCGCAUCGUGUCAAAACAAGCAUUGUUAUGUCUUCGCUUGCGUUGCAUUGUUAUCUGUACUGCCAACCGUAGGAAAGACGGUAUCGCUGAGGCACACUCAGCGACGGCUAAUCAAAACUGGAACGUAAUAAUCAAAGCUGAUAAACCAUGGCGUACUGCGUUAUUAUUGCAUAUGAACGUGUUGUCGGCAAGUCUUGCACGUUUUUGUAGUCCUCAUCUCUGAGGCGAGCGAGUGGUUCUAUUCUCAGCUAUGCUAAUACCUACGCCCGUCAAGGGCAAAAGCUAAUUGAGCCCAAGCUAGAGAGCCUGUCUCUAAAGACAAAAUCUCCCAGCGUGACGAUAGUUUUGUUCUUGUGUUUAGGCAAAACGAGCUGCUUUAGCGCAGCUGAUUGUUUUUUUUUUAUCGUGUUCCCUGACCCUCGUCUGCGUGCCCCCUAAAUAUCUUGUGUUGAGGUGUUUUCCAGCGGGUGUACGAGGAUCCCUUGGAACUUCUAUCGAGAGUUCGCGCUGGCCUAGGUGCUUUCUGACAGAAAAAGCACUUUCUCAGCGAUAUCGAAAAAAUAACAUGGGAUCUCGAAAAAAAAAAGAUUUUUCGAGCUGUAUCGGUUCUCCCAUUGUAAAAAGCAGUUAAAUGCUGCCUAGCUAGUGGCACCUUCUUAGAGAACCGAACACAGGGAAGAAUAGCCCGAUUUUGUUCGUAACUUUCCGGGAAGUCAUGUGCACUGACGCUGCAGUCAUGUGCUAGAGCAAGCGCGAACAAGUAUUUUGUUCAAGAGAAGAAAACUAUGAGGAUAUACUACGUUGUUCUUCAAACGCAGACAGAGUUGAAUUUGAAAUUGAACCGUUGAGAGCAAUUGCUGCGCUGGGCCUUCGGCACCUCCCAAAAAAAGACUAGACGCGCCUACAGUUACAGACUUCGUGCGUCAAUUUUUGUUGCCGUUUCUUUGUCGUUGACCUACCAUAUAUAAACUCAAAAUUGAGGAAAGCAGCGUUGCAGCAGACGAAGCUGGUUGUCCAGUGGUUGUCGAAUGGUCGUCAAGUUGCCGCUACCUUUUCGGCGAACUUGGGCACGAACGUCUAGAGUGACUCGGUCAGGUGUAUGUCAACGAGAACGGGUCCCGGCUUUUAGCGUGCGUACUAAUACUCAUACUCUAUACCCAUAACAAGCCUGCAUGCGUGCGUAACUCAGCGAAGAGGCAUUCUAAUAUUUAUGAAAAGAAAACAUGAGUUUGCCUUCCACGCUACAGACGUAGAAGAUGAAAAAAAAAGUGUGCAUAACUUGCCAGCAUUUUUUCUAUGUGUAACAGCCUGUUGCCACUGCGAAGCUAAGAAGAGGAGAAAGAAACUCACCGUUCUUUAAGCUUCGCAGCUUUUCGUGCUUUCUACUGAGUGUUUGUGUUUCACUCGGUGGACACGUUGUGUUUGUCUCUCUCUGCCCGGCGGGAACUGUGCAAUGAUCAGUAUAGAGACGGUGGUGUGCAUACGUGUGCGCGCUCAUGGAGUGCGACGACCGUACAUAUAUAUUUUUUCCCCUCUCUCAUCUUCAAAUGGUGCAAUCACCUCGCCCGUUGCCGCUAUUUUGACGCCACGUUGGUGGUUUGUUCCACUGUUUGUUUGCUGUCGCUCGCUUGUUUCGGUUGUGUACUUUUUGCCAAAACAUUUGUGUGCGCGAGUGAAUGUGUGUGCGUGUGUGUCUGCAAUCCUGUGUGCGAAGGCGUGCGGCGUAGAUGUGCGCCAAUAUUGCCCCCCCCCCCCCCCCCCUUGCGUGUUCGAUGAGUACAACCGCGAGAACAGCAACACUUGCCUCCUUUCUGGCCGUUUCCUUCUCUUUUCUUGCCCAACUCCCCUCCAACCCAACAACACUUCACUCUUUUCACUAUACAGAGCCUAUAGGAGCAUCUCAACAUAUGCCGUAACUAGCUCACGCCAUAUUGUAACUGCGCAUAAUAAUUCUCUUCCCACCACGCCACUCUUUCAGAUGCUACCUUGCUCGUCUGUGACGUAUAACGCGUUUGGAUGCAUGCAGGCGUCGUUCUUCUCGUUCGAUAGCUAUCGCGGAUGUUUCUUCUUUCGCGUGACGUCACACCAAGGUAAACGCCUCAUUAGAGGAAUGGGCAUGCUGCAAAUACCUUCGAGAAGAAAGACAACUUAAAAUAGCGCUGAUGGAGCGUGUUCUAGUCAUGGCGUCACAUUCCCUUCUGCUGACUUGAUAAUCUGGAAACUGAUACAUCCAGAAUACGACCCCAAGUCCUGCAAAUGUACAGUCACUCAAUGCUAGCGCACAGUGAGCCAAGCAUACAUGUAAGCAAGAAAUCAAAAUCAAGUGAGUGCCCUCAACGAACGGAGGGAAACUUUCGACCACGAAAUAAAAUUCCAGGUAGUCUGUGCAGUCACAACACACACAAUACUAUGUUAAAACUGCUUAAUGCAAGGACUCAGAGGUUUGUAACACUAUUAAACAACGACUGUUGCACCCUAGGUAAACUGGUUCUUGCCCUAACAGACCCAAUGAAAGUGCUUGUUUGCCUAUUAAUGAAUACUCCUAAAGGCGUAAACUUCACUCGUAUAUUAUAAAAUAAUUAUUAUAUAUUUCAUUAUAUAUUAGAAAUAAAUGUGAUGGCUAAUUCACAUCUUGGCAUAAUACCAUGCGGAACAGUUCACCAAGACAAAUAAUUCUGGUUAUGCGUCGCAUAUUAUGGGUUUACAUUGUGAAACUGCCCAAAAUUCCAAAGCACUCUAAUUUUUUUUUGCUUCACUUAAGUACUUGUUAAAAAUGCUACGCCGUACAACAAUUUCGGCACUUGCAACUGCAAUUAGGAAUUCGUACCAAACCUCAGUUCACAACCUGCUUUCGGCUUAAAUUCAUAAAUUAAAGAUUGAACGCGAAAAAUUGUUGGAUGUAUGAAAAAGAAAUGCACACCUUGAACCCGACGGUGAAAAACCAAUCCAGCAGCACGUCUCAUUAUCUCCUCCCCUGCAAAUUCCAGCCAGCCGAAUACGCUUGUUCUGAUACUGGCUUAACUGUGAAAAUAGUCAAGUGUCACCGUUUAAAGCUUUUCUGCAGCUGCCUUUCUUUGAAAAGGGGGAAAAAAGGGAGACAUUCCUAGGAUGUUACUGAGAAAACUUUCUGUGGAGCCUGUGCGAUACGAAAACAAGGCUCGAAAUACACCGCUAACGAUGCUUUCAUUUUGGAGUCUGGAGUAGCUCUCUAGGGAAUAUACUCAUCCCAAUUCAUAAUGAAAGUUCACGCCUGAGAAAAAGUAUCGGGCACAACAGGUGCACAGGUGCCAUUAAAAAUUUAAAAAAAGGAGAAUCCCUUUGUAGUUUGGACGCCCUGUCCGAAAUUCAAUGGUGAACAUCUGUUUACAUAACGCGAAGCUAUGGCUGAACCUAUCGUUUCCAGGCCGAAUGCAGUAACCGCGAAACACUCCUGGUCCGAAUACUUUCAUUCAACGGUGUACGUAAUAAUAAGUGACAUAAAAGUGCAACUUAUUCCUCUAUACGAGAUGAAAGGUCUCGCUCGAGUUUAAAGAAAUAAUAAUGCGAACCACCUUUAGCUGACACUAGGAUAAUUCAAUCUAAACAGCGCUCUGACUUAGCAGCACUUUGUUUUUUUGUUUAGUUUUUUUCCUCCUCUGUUUCAAAUACGCUAAAUUACUCUGUGCAAACAAUGAUUCCCUUAAUAGAGUUGACUGCCAUGUUUGUAAAGGACUGUAGCGGUGUCAGCACGAAAUGUACACUGAACAAAAUGGUAUUGUUUGACUUUCCUCUUGUCUAGUGUCAUUUUGCGCUACGACCAUCGCAUAAUGUUUAGCCUUUUCUUACCGUCUCGCAGUGUCGCAAGACAGUAUAGUUCCUGACAACGAGUCUCACUGAUGGCUCUGCCUUGUUAUUUGUACGAAUUUGAGUUCUGAGAACAGGUGUUUUAGCAGCUCGCUGUGCAGGAGAUAAAUUCUGGAGACAGUAGGCUCUCUUUACGCUUAUCUAUAGCGAUAGUGCCUCCCAGAACACAAAAAUGCUUUGAACACCUAAUUUGUUGGCGUAGUAAUAGAGAUAAAACCCUUAGACCUUAUGAAUUCAACGAUAACAUGGAUUGAAAUCAAGGUGAACGAAAAGAGAUGAGGCUAUUAAGAUAGCACCGAUGAACACUGCGGUAGGGGUUUUCGUCGAUGAGGCUUGAAUAUAUGACGCUGAGAUGUAUGCACGCACGUAUUUGGUGCCCAUUUGUAUUAUACAGAAAAACUAUCGAAACGCUACCUUAGAAAGAAAUUCAGAAAGCGCCUUAAAGAAACGAAAAUGAAGAACCUGUCACCGGCUUUCACAAGAACGCAAAAACAUCAGUUUUUUAAUGUAAUUGUACACUAUUUUACAUUUUCAUUGCAUAAUGAGAAAGCUCUGUGACCACAUCUUCGCAGAUUCAAUGCCGUCGAACCUUCAAAGGCGUCUAAUUGUCGAGCAUAAUUACUACUUUCCUUCGCUCUAAAUUCCUGACGUACAUGUAACUUAACAAACAAUGCAAACGUCGAUAAAAAAACGUUGAUAAUGCACCUCUGCAGGUAUGUUUAUCGCUACAGAAUAAAUAUUUCUCUACGAGUUAAUGUCCUCAGAGAUUUCGGCAGCUAUCGUGAACAGUAAAGUAAUAAUAAUAGUAAUAAUAACAGUAAUGGGGGAGGGGAUACAAAGCACGUGAAGGUGACAAUUUUGAGCGUAGCAAGUAAGUAUUUAAGCACAGCAGACAAAUAAGCAGUAGUUAGAACAUAUUUUGUUAAAUUUCAUCUUGCCUAGCAGACUACGAUCACACGCUCAAAUUUUCUUAGUAUUUAUCCUAGAAUUUCACUUUGUUGUAGCAGAGGAUGGUUCACCUUACGCGUAAUGGCUCCAGAAAUUUAACCUGUGAUUGUAGCCGUUCAUAACAGUUACCUUAGGAAUAGAUCAACAAGUCCGUCAAUUCUUCAAAGGCCGUUAAGAAUUUCAUAAAAGAAAUAUCACGUAUAGUUUUUCAAGAACAAAAGUAUAUUUUCUCAGUAACUGAUGUGCAAGGACACUUAAAUACAGGUCUCAGCUGUGCAUUAAGUAUGUCGCUAUAGAGGAGGCAGAAGCUAGAAUUGCGAAACGCAGUGGGUAAGCAAAAACACUGAAUCUGCAAUGACUAAAAAAAUUAGAGGUCGUGCCAUAUCGUUCCAUAGAAAUGCGCAAAGUACAGUUUAAUGCCGCCUUUACACCGUUGGCUAUUCAACCAGAAAACGUUCGUCUUGUCGCCCUGCACAAUAACUUCAUCCUGCAAGUUACGGAAACAAUUUAUGAUAACCAGCGCUAGCUCUUUGUCGAGAAGUCGAAACACUUCAAAAAAAAAGAUGGGAACUCGUUUCUAAAGCUUUGUCAGGCCUUGUGUGAAUGCUCUGUUGAACGCUUUCCUGCUGAAAUUGAGGUAAAAGAUUGUCAUCAUUCAUACCACGAAUGAUCUCCUCGAAAAAAAAAAAACACUGUGCUUGUAAAGCGCGUCAAGUCAUAUUCCACACCUGACGAUGUUCGGUACCCGUUUGAACACGACAAUGCCCGUGUUUUUGUUGCGCAUGUUUCACUUCUGUCUUUCGUUUUUUCACUGCUAAUAAAGUGGAGCCAAGCAUUUGCUAUUGCU